AUGUCACAACUAUCAAAGAACGACCAGUUUGUUUUAUUUUGUCUUUUCCCUAAAGAAAAGAUUGAAAAGGUUGAAAAGGAAUCUCCACAAGUAAUCUGUGCUCACUUGGAUGGAGGCUUGCAUUAUAGUAUUGAUCAAGGAAAUUUGUCAAAUGCUCAGCGCAGAGAAAUAGAGAUUAUUCAGGGUCUUGAAAGCAAGAGCAUAAAUUACAAAAAGGCUCUUGAAGAGAUGGAUGCUUUAAUUGAACAAAAUUCUGAAUAUGCAUCCGCAUACAAUAACCGUGCUCAGCUUAAGCGUCUUUUGUAUCUUGAAAAAAAAGAAUCAGGGUCAGAAAUUACAGUAUCUUUAGACAGUAUUGACACUGAUCUGGGACGUGCUAUUGAUCUAGCACAAAAAGAUAUUCAAAAAACAAAUGGCCCUCAUACCUAUUUAGCACGCCAUGUGGCAGCACAGGCUUACACACAAAAAGGAUGGGUAGUCUUGACACGUAUCCAAGUGGCAAGAGCCACAAAGUCAUCACAUGAAGAAAAUCAUAACGACAUUACGGUGAUUGGUAAAGAUGACAGCUGGGAAUUGGAAGAAGAAGCAAGCAGGUGGUUGCACUUGGGAGGGGAGUAUGGCAACGAGUACGCGCAGCGGGCCGCGGCGCUGGUGAAUCCUUAUGCUAAACUUUGCGGCCAGAUGGUUGAGCGGGCGCUGCACCACGAGUACAAGUAUUAG